UCCGGCGCGAGUGCUAGACUUCCUGUUUUCUUCCUUGUUAGCUACUAACAGUUAGUAGUGUCGCAGAAUAGCAAUGGCGUCUUGUAGCGAGGAGCCGGCCGCAGCUGCUGAGGAGGAGCCCACUGAAAGCUUAGCGUCCCUGAAGAGAGAAGCGAGACUGCGGAAGUUCCGGGAGCUUCACUUCAAACGGAAUGAAGCGCGUAAACUCAAUCACCAGGAGGUUGUGGAGGAAGACAAGAGGCUGAAGCUGCCCACUAACUGGGAGGCUAAGAAAGCUCGACUGGAGUGGGAACUCGCUGAAGAUCAGAAGAAGAAGGAAUGUGCCGCUCGUGGGGAGAACUACGACAGAGUGAAACUGCUGGAAAUCACUGCUGACGAUGCGGAGAGGUGGGAGAGGAAGAAGAAGAAGAAGAAUCCUGACACAGGAUUUGCAGGUUAUGCAGAGGCCCAGUUCCGUCAGUACCAGAGGCUUACCAAGCAGAUCAGACCAGACAUGGAAAACUACGAGAAGCAAAAGGAGGAAAGCGGUGAAGACUUCCACCCCACAUCCAAUAGUCUGAUCUAUGGCACCCAUGUUCCCACAAAGGACGGCAUUGACCGCAUGGUGGAGGAUGUUGAGAAACAGAUCGAGAAGCGGUCCAAGUACAGCCGGCGCAGGGCCUACAACGACGACGCCGACAUCGACUACAUUAACGAGAGGAACGCCAAGUUCAACAAGAAGGCGGAGCGUUUCUACGGCAAAUACACAGCAGAGAUCAAACAGAACCUGGAGAGGGGCACGGCCGUGUAGAGCGUCAGAGCUUCGCUUUUUUUUUUCUUCUUCCUAUAAAAAGUCCGAGUGUGUUACCAGUUUUUUGAGCUGAGAUUUGUAGUAUUUUCUUGUGUGUGUGUGUACAGUAUGAAAAGUCUGUCUCUGAACUCUUUUAUUUUUAAUAAACCACUUCCAAUUAUCUCAUUA